UAUUACUACUACUGCCGCAUGGAUCGGUGCAGAGGAGCAGCAAUCACUUUCUGAGGCGCGCAAAACACCAAGAGGAGCUGGAAACUGACGAACAACACGGAUUAUUAUUGCUCCAAUAUACUCCACGUACUUUAAAUGCGCCUGGGAGAACUUUUUGUGACUAAGCUUGCAGACAGACCUUGGAUCAGGACGCGCUAAAUUCGGGUCACAAUGGUCAGGUAAAAUUAGUAGAGAUGUUUUUUUAGUCAAAAUAUUUAUUUUUUAAAUCAAAAUGAAUUUGCAUCGAUGAUCAAUGCAAACAUUUAACGGUUUGACGACUUCAUUAUUCAGCUGGUAUUUCUGUUAAACAACUAAAUGAAAGAUCGCGGAUGUUUAAGAUAAACUCGAGUAAUAUUUCAAAUAUCCGCGCAAAGUGCAAGAAAGUCACCGCAGUGGCGUAAAAGGCGCGAUUUAUCGCUAUUUCUUUUAUGUGAAAAUGAGUAGUGAUUUAUCUAUCCCUCCUCACUUAUAAAUGAAUCUAAUACACAGGAAGAUUCGUGCUGAAUAUUCGAGUUAAUAAAAGAGAUGUUGUUCAUGAGACUACUGCCAGUCAUCGUCGUCAUCACGAGCACGUGGCUUCUCAGCCCAGUCCGCAGUCACCCGCGUGGCCAGUACAAACGUGUUUUGGUGCGGCAGGCAGACGGUGAACUGGCACGGUUGGCAGGUGAACCCUGCACCGUCUCACGAGUCCAGGGGUCCCGCCAGAAGACGUCACAACACCACCCUCCAGUGGCGAAGACCAGGACGAAACGCCAAGUCGUUCUUGCUUCUAAAAGUGGUCCUGCGGUUUGUGAGGGAGCGUGCGGGGGCGACAUCGGGGUUCGGCCCGGAGCUGGAGCGGAGAAGAUAAACCGGGGUGAUGCGAAAGACACGCGGGCUGAGGCGGCGGACGCAUCGGAAGCGCCCAAAACAACUUACGGCAGAGAAGUUGCAAAUACAUUAAUAGACGAGAACAAGAGAAAGAGCUCCCCCUCGGGCGAUGCGCAGCGCCCCCGACGCUCCAGGUCUGCGCGAAGCAUCCACGGAACUUUUCUUUACCAGGAAGAAAGCAACUCUAGUUGGGGCAAAGUUGCCGCUGCGGAUUCCAAUGUCGUCCAGGCUGUCGAAAGUCUUCAGCAGGGAGAUGUACGCUCGGCAACCGACACUCCGGAAGUCAGUAUUGACUACUAUUCUGGAGAGUUGGAGGAGACGGACUCCCAGUCGAGCCUGGCCCAAGUCAACGCUCUGCCAUGGGGGAGCCCCGUGCCGAAGGUGGGCCCUUCCCGGAUGACCACUCUCUACUUCCACGGGCGGCGAGAGCACCUCCGGCUCAAACCGGGCGCUGGGCUGGAGCUACCCCGGGAUGAGUUCACUGUCGAGCUGUGGAUAAAGCCGGAAGGAGGCCAGAGGAACCCGGCAAUCAUAGCAGGUGUGUUUGACAACUGCUCACGCUCACUGAGUGAGAAAGGAUGGUCGGUGGGUUUUCGCACUGUGGAAUCUGCUGGGACGAAAGACUCAAGAUUCUAUUUCACACUUCGCACUGACAGAGCAGUAAGGUCCACUACCAUCUACAGCCACCAGCGAUACCGCCCUAACAUGUGGUCCCACCUGAUGGCCACUUACAAUGGCUACAACAUGACUCUGUAUGUGGAUGGAGCAAAGGUAGGAGAGAGCAGCCUGCAGCUGGGGAACCUAUAUAGCCCUUUCAUGAAGACAUGUAGGACACUAUUCUUGGGCAGCAACCAAUCAGAGCAGGGACAGAGCUUCAGAGGCUAUGUUGGGGGCAUAUCCUUGUGGAGCCGUGCUCACACUCCGCAAGACCUUCACAGGCUUCCACUCCAAAUUGACAACAGUGCACCUGUCCUGAACAUGUGGGCUGAUUUCACCAAUGUGCAUCAACUAUGGACUCCUUUCAAAGCUGGCCCUUACCCAACCAUUGUCACCACUCCAUUUCCCGAUGAGGAGCUUGUUUCUCCAUUCCUGCCACCACCAUGCGGCCUUACGCUCUGUGACAACAUGGAUGUCAUCUCGGGCUACAACAAUCACUGGCAGCUUCGAGGACCCAAACAAGCCCGCUAUAGGGUUGUCAAUCUGUCUGAUGAUAAUGGAGAGAACCCCACAGUUUCCCAAGAUCAGAUCCAUCUGCAACACAAAGCACUGAGUGAAGCUUUCCGCCCUUACAAUAUCAGUCUGGAGCUGAGCAUCCACACUGUCAGGAACUCAAGCCUCAGACAGAUGUUUAUUCUCAGUAACUGUCGGAUUGGGAAGAUUGGGAACCGUCAAUGCGAUCCUGAAUGUGAUCACCCAAGGACUGGCCAUGAUGGAGGAGAUUGUCUGCGACUGGGGCCAUGCUAUAACUGGAAGAGGCGGAAUGGGGUGUGCAAUAUGGAGUGCAAUAGCAUACGCUAUGACUACGACGAUGGCGAUUGCUGUGACCCAGAGGUGACUGAUGUCUUGAAGACCUGCUUUGACCCCGAAUCACCCGACAGGGCUUAUAUGAGUGUAAAGGAACUGAAGGAUGAGCUUCACUUGAGUGGCUCAGACACGCUCAACGUUUUCUUCGCCAGCAACUCAGUGAGGGAAGAACUGGCAGGAGCAGCUACCUGGCCCUGGGCGAAGGAGGCCCUCACCCACCAUGGUGGAAUGGUGCUGAACCCACUCUACUUUGGUAAAGACGGUCACCACAACACAAUGAUUCAUGAAAUGGGACACAUCUUUGGACUCUAUCAUGUCUUCAAAGGCGUGAGUGAACGGGAUUCAUGUGAAGACCCAUGCCGGGAGACAACGGCAUCUAUGGAAACGGGAGACCUCUGUGCCGACACCGCACCGACAACCAAAUCCAAAUCCUGCCAUGAUCCCGGAGCUGUCAACGAUUCCUGUGGAGCCGUCAUGUACCAGAACACGCCGUUUAACAAUUAUAUGAGCUACACAGACGAUAACUGCACCAAUCAUUUCACUCCCAACCAAGUGGCCAGGAUGCACUGCUAUCUUGACUUGGUCUAUCAGAAGUGGCUGAUAGAUGCUCAUCCAGUUCCAGUCCCACUGGCUCCGAUUGUUACUGGUCAGAGUGCUGACUCGGUUUCUCUCUAUUGGCUACCUCCUGUUAGAGGUCCUCUUUAUCAGAGCUCCUCCCUGCAGGCGCCAGACCACAUUAACUGCAGAGACUGUGAGAGAGACAGUGUUUUCCAUCAGUAUGCUUAUGAGGCGUCCUCGCCACGGAUCUGUCACACGUCUGGCUAUUGGACCCCCGAGGAGGCUGUUGGUCCACCAGAUGUGGAGCAGCCGUGUGAGCCGAGCCUUCAGGCCUGGAGUCCAGAGCUCAGUCUGUUUGACACCAAUGUGACAUCACCAUGUCCGGAGACUGAAGGAUGCACCCUCACCCUUAAAUUCCUUUACCCUAUGGUUCCGCACACACUCACCCUAUGGGUCACCUACAUAUCCACAAAGAAUCCAGCCAUCGCCAACAUUGAGCUGAUAUCUGACUCAGCGGAAACCAUCCACCUUGGACCCCAGCAUGUCUUCUGCGACAUGCCCCUCACCCUCCGCCUGGACUCCCUAAAUGUUGCUGUCAGUGCCAUUAAGCUCUGCACCUUUGAUGAGAAGAUGGAAAUUGACGCUGCCAUGCUGUCGUCUGGCUCCGGAAGCCCUCUCUGUGCGGACUGCAAACCCUUGCUCUAUCAUAUUCAGCGGCAGCCACCGUUCAGCAACACGGCUCCUGCACCACAGUCCCAACAGGUGUUCACUGACAGCUCAGUGUUGGAGGGAGAGACAUACCAGUAUACAGUCCAGGUUGAAGCUGGAGGGAUUGUCAGUGAACCAUCUCCCCCUCUCUACUACACUCAUGGUCAGUCCUACUGCGGAGACGGCUUCAUUCAGCGGACAGAAGAGUGUGAUGAUGGCAACCUGCUAGAUGGAGAUGGCUGUGACAAGAAGUGUCAGAAGGAGUCAGGUUUCAAUUGUGUUGGUGAGCCCAGUCAGUGUUAUGUUUUUGAUGGCGAUGGCGUGUGUGAGGAGUUUGAGCGCGGCUCCAGCGUUCAGGACUGUGGCUAUUUUACACCUUUGGGAUACACGGACCAAUGGGCUUCCACUGCUGUGGCGUCUCAUCAGGACUCUAACUGCCCGGCACAUGCUGCCACUGGGGAGCCUUCGCUGACCAAGCUGUGUAUGGGUCAACUCCUGGAGAUGCAUGAGAAACUGGCCAUGGAUGCCUGGUUCCCGUGCACAGCUCUGUCCGACACUCACAAUGACCUGGAUCAUUCAAUCUGGCUGAAGGUGGGAUUUGUGCACCCCGGAGUGGCGGCCUCUGUGAUCAUAUACCUGGCUUCUGACGGCUCCUGGUUUGGGGAGGAGUGUCGGCGAACUGCCACAAUCUUGCUGUCUGACACCACUGGAAAGAACCACUCUCUAGGCACACAUGACCUCUCAUGCCAUCGGAAUCCACUGGUGGUAAACGUGACCCAUGACCUCUCCAGACCGUUCUUCCUAACAGCCUCCGUCAUCCUCCUCUUCUCCUCUCCGUCUGUGGCAAUAGGGGGCGUGGCCUUGAGGACGUCCUGCCACUUCAGCACCUUCGCCCUGACUGGCUGUUUGCGGCAGCCGUGCCAGCUGGACACCUGCAGUCCACCGCAGCUAGAGCACGCCACGGUCAGGUGUGCAGGAGGAGAAGAGUCUUUGCGGUGCUUUGUUCAGUGUCAGAGCGGCUAUAGUGUCACCGUGCUCAAUGGAAAGGAAAUCACGCCUAACCAGCUGAAAGCCGAGUUGGAGUGUUUCCAUGGUACAUGGGAUCGUGUGGUUAGCUGCCAGCCUGUGGACUGUGGUCUUCCUGACCAGUCACAUGUUUACCAUGCCAUCUUCAGCUGUCCUUGGGGAACAACCUACAGAAAAGGCUGCUCCUUCACCUGUGGCUCCCCGGCGAUCCUGCAAGGCGACAAUGACAGGUUGGUGUGUUUGGAGGACGGUUUGUGGUCCUUCCCAGAGGCGUACUGCAAGAUCGAGUGUCCAGAAGCACCAAACAUACAAGACGCUAAGCUGCUGACAGCCGACUGUCUGGCCUCGGGGCACGAUGUCGGCUCUGUGUGCCGAUACAAAUGUGACCCUGGAUACUAUGUGAAAGGCAGCGUGAAAAGCAAGACACCAAGAAAAUACUUCAGAUUGGAGUGUUUGGAUGAGGGCCAGUGGGAGGAGCGCAGUUGUGAGCCAAUGUCCUGUCCGGCAAUCUCGAACGUGUUCCAUGACAUGUACACCUGCACUGACGGGUUGUUCUAUGACAGCGUUUGCACCCUGCAUUGCCCAGAAGCAACAGAAAAUAGUGUGAUCCGCUGCACCAAAGAUGGCGACUGGACAGCUGAGUUUGCCAUGUGCCCCACAAUCCAGGGAUCCUGUUCUGCUCCCCCUGAUCUUAACUCUGUGGAGUACAGCUGUGAUUUUGGGACAGAUGUUGGUGCUAUUUGUUACCCAACAUGCAUUGCGACUCUGGACAUGGACUUACGAGAUCCUGCAGUUCUGCCCAACGGCACUACAGCGGAUUCUUUAACACACUGGAUGCUGCCGAUAAAGAUUGAGAGCAUAGUGUGCACUGGCAUGAAGAAGUGGUACCCUGACCCUCGACAAGUCCACUGCAUCCAGUCAUGUGAGCCUUUUGGCGGGGACGGCUGGUGUGACACCAUCAACAACAGGGCCUUCUGCCAGUACGACGGAGGAGACUGCUGUCCGUCCACGCUCUCCAGCAAAAAGGUCAUUCAGUUUGGGGUGGAUUGCACCGAGGACGAGUGCACGUGUCGCGACCCGGAAGCCGAUGAGAACAAAAACAAGACGCUGCAGGAGGAUGAUGAUUGAAGGAGGGCAG